CUUUCAAACUCCAGUGCGAGACGAGCGAUCAUGCCAAGUCAGACCUGAACAAGGCUCCAAGAAUGCCCUCUGCACCCCUACUGAAGUUACAACACAAGUGAACCAUGGAAAAUUCAGGCAGGUCAUACCGGGCGAGGCAAGGUGGCUGGGAGAGGGGAGCGGGAGCAGACAGGGCAGAAAGCUGGAGGAUCCAGGACCAGGGCAGAGGACAGAACUACAGAUCAGAGGGAGGUCAGCAGGGCAAGAACCAGGGAGGACCCUACCGAGCCAGUCCCAAGAAGGGAGGGCUGGGGCCUCUGAGCUACUCCCCUGGUGGAUUCAGAGGUGGACACAGCCCCUCGCAAAAGGAUGACCUGCGGUGGUUCUCGGGUCCUGAGAACAUUGGUGGGAGUCGAGAAGAUAACUGGAGAGACCGCUUGCAGCCGCAGCAGCAUUGGAGGAGGAGUACCCAGGGAGAAAGUCCAAGGGAGGACAGGGAGCAGGGGAGGAGAGAGGACAGUGAUGGCGGUGCUCAUAAAUCAGGGAGGAGACGGAGACACAGGAACAAGAAUAAAGCUUAUGCUGAAGAGAACAGGGGCCCUGUGAUUGAAGAGUCCACACUCUCAGCCAAAGAGCUGCGCAGCCUACGGCAAGCAGAGAGGCGGCUUAACAGAGAUGAGAUCUACAGCACGAAGAGGAAGUCCCACAACAACACCGGUGCACCUUACACCUGCACUCUGUGUGAUGUUCUGCUGGAGUCUGUGUCUGACGCUUACAGACAUAUCAGAGACAAGCGGCACAAGAAGAGAGCCAGGGAGAGGCAAGAGCAGGUGAUGCUGACUGAGAUUCUGCCUCCUGGUCCGGAGCAGAUCAGUGCAGUGACUGCAGCACUGGAGGCUGUUGUUCGGGAUCAUGGCUUGAAUGACCAGGAUGUUGAGACGAGACAAAAUGUUGUCUCUAUGAUGCAAGAUCUCCUUCUGUCCGUCCUGCCUGAGAUCAACCUCAGGCUUUAUGGAUCAUCUUGCACUAAGUUUGGAUUUAAGGAUUCUGAUGUCAACAUUGACAUUCAGUAUCCACCUCACAUGCAUCAGCCCGACGUCUUGUUGUUGGUCAAGGAGAGCCUCUCUGUGAGCCCUCUCUUUGUUGAUAUGGAAGCGGAUUUUCACGCCAGGGUGCCUGUGGUCAUCUGCAAAGAGAAAAAGAGUGGCCUGAUCUGCAAAGUGAGCGCAGGGAAUGAAAACGCAUUCCAGACCACCUCCUAUCUUUCUGCUCUGUCCAGUCGGGAGCAUCUCCUCCUCCCACUGGUUUUGGGCCUCAGACGCUGGGCCCAGAUCUGUGAGAUCGACCGUGCAGAGGAGGGUGGGCUGCCACCGUACGUCUUUGCCCUCAUGGUUAUCUACUUCUUACAGCAGCGCAAAGAGCCCCUCUUGCCUACCUACCUGAAACAAGAGAUUAAGGUGUUUUCACUCAGCAGGCUGUCAGACUUCAAUCUCACACAUACAGAGGAUGGACAUGUACACUGGGCUUACACUCCUUCCUCCAAAGAACAGCCAACAGAUGGCAUAAAGGGAAAGGUACCGCUGGUGUUUCAGAGCCCUCACCCGCCCGUGGAAGUCGGGCUUCUCUGGGUGGAAAUGCUUCGCUUCUACUCGCUGGAGUUCAACUUGGCUGACAAUGUAAUCAGCGUGCGGACCAGUGCUGUCCUCUCCCGAGAGAUGAAAGACUGGCCAAAGAAACGCAUCGCUGUGGAGGACCCCUUUGCUGUGAAGAGAAAUGUGGCCCGCACAGUCAACAGCCAGCAAAUGUACGAAUACAUCCUCCACUGCCUCAAAACUACAUACAAGUACUUUGCACUGCCAGUCAACACGCCAACUGCUAAUCACAAGACGAAGGCCCAGCGUGGACCCACUCAAGGAGCAAACGCCGAGGCUUUGUGUGAAGACAUUGCUUGCUUAGCAGAUUUCAGUCAGCUCAGCAUUCAGUCACAGCAUGCAAGUCAACCUAAAGUUGUAGAAAACGGUCCUGAAGACUCUGAUUGCAUUAUUGAGGAAGAGGAGGAGGUUGAAGAAUACAGUGACUCAGACGAAGAGCGAGAGAAGGAAAAAGUGGACCCGGGCAAAAGCAGUCUGUCUGAGGAUGAGGAGGACGAGGACAUUGAUGUGGAUACACAUAACAGACAACACUUGGACAGCUUCACCACAGAGGAUGAGGAGAUUUUCCCAGUGGACGAGAUCUCAGGGGAGGAGCUUUUGUCUGAUGAGGAGGGUCCAGAUUUGGACACACCUGCUUCAAUGGAUGAGGAAGAGGAGGAAGAGUUGGAGCUGGCGCCUGUGAGUCUGUCACCUCCACAUUGUGAGGAUACAAUUAAGGAUGAGAGUCCAGAAAAUAAAACCCAACCACAGAAGAUUCGUUCUUAUGAGUUCACCAAGCAAGCUUUCACCAGAGGCAAGUCACACAUGGUGGUGUGCAGCUUGUGCAAACGCGAUGGACAUCUGAAGAAAGACUGUCCGGAAGAUUUCAAGAAAGUAGAGCUAGAUCCUUUGCCCCCGAUGACGCCAGAGUUUCUCAAUGUCCUAAACAAAGUCUGUGAGCAGUGCUACACUGACUUUGCGCCAGACGAACUGGAAGUGGGUGUAAGAGAACACAUCCUUCAGGACCUGGAGACCUUUGUCAGACGACAGUUUGCUGGAGCUCGACUACAGCUGUUUGGAUCAUCAAAAAAUGGCUUUGGCUUCAGACAGAGUGACCUAGACAUCUGUAUGGUGCUGGAGGGGCAGGACACCAUGGAUGAUUUAGACUGCAUCACUAUUAUUGAAAGCUUGGCGAGGCUGCUGAAGAAGCACCAGGGUCUGAAGAACAUCCUGCCCAUCACAACAGCAAAAGUACCGAUCGUGAAGUUCUACCAUAUUCGCACUGGCCUGGAAGGAGACAUUAGCCUGUACAACACUCUGGCCCUGCACAACACACAUCUGCUAGCUUCGUAUGCUGCCAUUGACAGGAGAGUGAAGAUCCUCUGUUACGUCAUGAAGGUUUUUGCCAAGAUGUGUGACAUUGGGGACGCUUCACGUGGCAGCCUCUCAUCCUACGCUUACACCCUUAUGGUGCUAUACUUUCUCCAGCAGAGAGACCCGCCAGUUAUCCCUGUGUUGCAAGAGAUACAUGAUGGAAAGAAGAAGCCGGAGGUGCUAGUCGAUGGCUGGAACGUAUACUUUUUUGACGAUUUAAAAGCACUUCCCAGUCGAUUGCCACAGUUUGGGAAGAACACAGAGACGGUGGGGGAGCUGUGGCUCGGCCUUCUCCGCUUUUAUACCGAAGAAUUCGACUUCAGAGAGCAUGUUGUCUGUAUCCGUCUGCACAACCGCCUCACCACAUUCAACAAGCAGUGGACGUCCAAAUACAUUGUCAUUGAAGAUCCAUUUGACCUGAAUCAUAAUCUCGGUGCUGGUCUGUCCAGGAAAAUGACCAACUUCAUCAUGAAGGCUUUCAUCAAUGGCAGAAAAGUAUUUGGAACACCAGUCAAAAUCUUCCCUCCCGUGUACCCCAGUCUGAUGGAAUAUUUCUUUGAUCCCGAAGUCCUUACUGAGGGAGAGGUGGCUCCUAACGAUCGCUGCUGCCGCAUCUGUGGCAAGAUCGGCCACUUCAUGAAAGACUGCCCCAUGCGUAAGAAGUCCAAACACAGACGGGACUCGGAGAGAAGGCCGGAGCACCUGCGAGACAAAAUGGAUGCAGCAGAGGAUCAGGUCAGACACAAGAGCGAGCACUGGAGGAAAAGAGAUGCACUGGAGGUGCGCUGCUGCUACCUGUGUGGGUCAAGUGCCCACAUCAAGAAGGACUGCCAGCUGUACAGAAACCCUGCAGGUAAUGUGAAGAUGGAGGGCUUUUCUUCUCCCUCUUCAGUCCACUUGAGGAAUUUGAGAGAAAAGGAGAGACAGGGUUCACCAAUACAAGAAGAAAAGAAGAAGAGAAAGCAACAAAAUGUGAUAUUAAGUCCACAAGCAGGUAGCUUAGCCUGCCGAAAUUUGGGUCGCUCUGGUCACAGGAAGAGCCCGGUGGAAUGAGCAGCAGCAGCUGUGGCUACACAAACCACAAGGUUCUACUCUUGUCCAGGCAGGCAGCAACCCAAAGUCCAGAAACCAUUGAAUCUGAAUGGAACUGUCGGGCCAAUGGGAGCCCGUUAAAAGCCAAAGCCAGGACGCCUCGACUUGAAGCCAAAUAGGGCCUUUUUAUGUGUUUUUUUUUUCUUUCUUCCCCUCCUAAAGCUCUCCUUGUAAGAGGAGCUUUUUAAAGCUUUCAUUUUAACAAGAGAAGCCAUUACGCAUGCACCUCAUGUCUUUGUUUACCUACACUGCCAGUCAAGUUUUUUUAUACUCAUUACAUUACAAACAAUGUCAGUGUGAAAUCUCUUAGACUAUGUGAGUAAUUGAGAAGUGUUUGGUACAGGACUAAUAGUUAAUUACUUCAUUUGCCAUAAUAAGGCAUAUUUUACAGACGACAUACUUUAUAUUUGUCUUAUACUUGACGCUAACACUUUUUGACACUGUAUUGGCUACACUGUCCUGACAGUCUGGUGUUUGUAAGCAUUGCUACAGCUGUAAGACAAGUGAUAGGUUGUUGUCUUAGACCUAAAGUGACUUGAGAUCAUUAAGCCAAGAAGUCAUUUAUCAAUUCAGUUACUCCUUAUUUUAUGAUUACAAGGUUUUUAGGAUGAAUUUCCAGUUAUAUUUCUUGAGAUUUAUCCCCCCAAAAUAGGAAAAAGGUUGCUCAAAAGCUUUUGAAUGGCAGUGUACGUAAUGGCCAGGAUCUUAUUUUUUUUAUGGAAUUUGUUUUAAAUCCUGUUUGAUUUGUCCUCUGCACUGACGUCCAUCAGUCCAUCUCUCCUUCAGCCUUGAGAGCAGCUCUACCUACAGUAUGUCUACGUGUUUGUGUCUCUGUGUUAGAGAAACUACCCUGUAGAUAUUUUUUCAGGAUCAUAGUUUUAUUUUUUGAGACUGCUGAUCCACUCCUGUUUCAUAGAUACAUGUUGCCCCCCAACUGCCUUUCUUAAGUGUGAAUUGAAGGACAGUGAAACUGCUAACCCUGACCCGUAUGUGUCUCCACACAUGCUAGGAAGUGUUGUAACUAUAGUGCAAGAACAUAUACUGUAGUUGAGGCAGUUUGACAAAACGUUUCAUGCUUACACUCAGUGGUGAAGUUAAAAAAACAACAACAAAAUAUCUGGUCCAGCUGAUGGUGUACACUGCUGCAAACACUGUGUUCACUUACUCUUAAACUAGAGAUAAUCUCAGUUAGUUCAGUGAAGAAAUAAAUGUAUUUAUUUGCCACCAAGGCUUAAUUUUGUUGUAUUGGUGCCACAGAUUGGUAGCUGCACUGUGUGAGGGUACACGCCCUUUAAUUAUGUUGCUGCUAGUUAAUGUCUCAAAGACCUGCUUAUCAUUCAACUUUGAAGAUGGAUUUGCUUUAUUGUUGUCCUAAUAUGGCUGAAUUUUAUUAAAAGAAAUGUGUUGUUGAUGGUAUUGUAAUCCAAUUUCUUGUUUUAAAGCAGCUUUGUUUUAAUGCCAGCUUUAUUGCAUUUCUUUUGUUGGACUCAAAUGGGAGGUUUAGUUUGUAAUUAAGGAAACCCCGUUCAUGCCAGAAAAGGUUGGCUUGCAAUCCAUUUUGUGUCUCAAAGAAUUCAUUAAACUGAACUCAAAUCCAA